AUGUCUUUUAAUUUUGGUAUUUCAAAAUUAACUCAAGGUAAAAGACCAACCUAUAAAGAUAAAACAUUUCCAUCAUCAUCAUCUUCUUCACAAACAUUACCAUUAUAUUAUAAAGAUAAAUCCCCAUUUCAUCCAAAAUAUUCAAAUUAUAAAAGAAAUCAAAAAUUAUUAAUGUUAUUUAAAGGUUUUCUAUAUCUGAUUGGAUUAUAUAUUAUAUAUUAUUUUGCAAGUAAUAAUUUUUCAAUAAUAAAUGAUAAUCUUAUAUUUAAUAUAUUUUCAACAAAUAGUUCAAAAAAUUGGUCGAAAGUACAAAAUGAAGUAAGACAAGCAAUGAUUGAUUCUUGGAAUACUUAUGAAAAAUAUGGUUGGGGUUAUGAUAUAUAUCAUCCAAUAAAACAAGAAGGUGAAAAUAUGGGUCCUCAACCAUUAGGUUGGAUGAUUGUUGAUUCAAUUGAUACAUUAAUGAUUAUGGAUUGUCCAAAAGAAGUUGAAAGAGCAAGAAAAUGGAUAAAAGAAGAUUUAGAUUAUAAAUUUGAUUAUAAUGUAAAUAAUUUUGAAACUACUAUUAGAAUGUUGGGGGGUUUAUUAAGUGCUUAUCAUUUAAGUGAUGGUGAUGAUUUAUAUUUAGAUAAAGCUGUUGGAUUAGCUAAUCAAUUACAUGGUGCUUAUAAAUCUGGUUCAGGUAUACCUUAUUCAUCAGUUAAUUUAAAAACUGGAGUGGGAAUUAAAAAUCAUGUAGAUAAUGGAGCAUCAUCAACAGCAGAAGCAGCAACUGUACAAUUAGAAUUAAGAUAUUUAGCAAAAUUAACAGGAGAAAUUGAAUGGUGGGAAAUGUCUGAAAAAAUAAUGGAAGUUUUAGAAUCAAAUAAACCAAAAGAUGGAUUAGUUCCAAUAUAUAUUGAUCCAGAUUCUGGUAAAUUUCAAGGAAAUUUAAUUAGAUUAGGUAGUAGAGGUGAUUCAUAUUAUGAAUAUUUAUUAAAACAAUAUUUACAAACAAAUGAAGAAGAGCAGAUAUAUUAUGAUUUGUAUCAAGAAUCAGUUGAAGGAGUUAAAAAACAUUUAAUGAAAAAAUCAUAUCCAAAUGAAUUAACAUUUAUUGGAGAAUUGGAAAGAGGUUUAAAGGGUCCAUUAUCAACAAAAAUGGAUCAUUUAGUAUGUUUUUAUGGUGGAUUAUUAGCAUUAGGAGCAACUAAUGGAUUAACUUUGAAAGAAGCUAAACAACAACCUUGGUGGAAUUCAAUAAGAGAAUCAGAUUUUAAAUUUGGAGAAGAAUUAACUUAUACUUGUUAUAAAAUGUAUGAUGAUGUAUUACCAACAAAAUUAUCACCAGAAAUUGUUGUAUUUAAUACUGAUUCAUCAAUUGAAAAAGAUUUUAAAAUAAAACCAAAUGAUAGACAUAAUCUACAAAGACCAGAAACUGUUGAAUCAUUAUUUUAUCUUUAUAGAAUAACAGGAGAUGAAAAAUAUAGGAAAUAUGGAUAUGAAAUUUUCCAAAAUUUUUUAAAAUAUACUAAAAUUAUAAAUAAACAAGGAGAAAUUUUAUUUAGUUCAUUAUCAGAUGUUACAUCAUUAAAUAAAGAUGGUACAUCAAAAUUUAUAGAUAAUACAGAAUCAUUUUGGUUUGCAGAAACUUUAAAAUAUUUAUAUUUAUUAUUUGAUGAUGACAACAAAUUACCAAUUGAUAAAUAUAUUUUCAAUACUGAAGCUCAUCCAUUCCCAAAAUUUAAUACAAAUAAUUUAUUAAAAACAAAUUGGAGAAGAAAAAUUUUAGAAAAUAUAAAACCCAAAAUGAGAGAUUUAAAUGAUGAAGAAGAAAAAUUAAAAAAUCAAAAAAUUAUACCUGAAGCUCAACCAGUAGAUAAAAAAUUAGAUGAUUUAGUUAAGGAGAUAAAAUAA